AUGAACCGCUCAAGCUAUAUAACCUACUUUAAAGAUCUAGGGGUGAGGAACCCCCCUCCUCGAUGGAGCUUCAAUCCGGGGGGCACUUGCUUCAGGGGUAUCUACUCCGGAGGGAUAAACGUCCAAGAGAAGAGAUGCGGAGCGACCCUGGGACAGCUAAUUGACAGGAGGAAGAAAGAGUUGGACCUUUCCACUGGUGAAGAAGUAAUUCGCAGGUACAAAAGAGCAAACAUAAAAAAAAUACUAAAGGGGGGAACCAAACCUGGGGAUUUGCAACAGGGUGGAAGAGCGACGGAGUGCCAUCCCGGGGAACAGCCCCAUUUGCUGGGCUCCCUCGUUCGGUCUUCCAACACGGUAAAAAAAGGAACAGUUCAUGGGGAAGACAAAACAAUGCAGUGUUACACACCGAUAAUUAGGAAAGGAAUGCUUGACGCACACCCAAGAGGGUUACACAAAAGGGACGACAAACAAGUAGCACAGGAUGAACAGGUCAAAGAUGCGGUAGACAAAUUAUUCACCUCUAGGGAAAAAAAAAAAAACCUCAUGAAGAGAAUCGUUUUUAAUAGUUCCCACGAUUAUAUGGAGGUGAUUAACAAAUAUGAGGAGGAAAGGGGUAAGGAGGAUGAUAAGUUUUAUAAUUGCCUGAACGGGUCAGGUAAAAAUGGGAAUGCACAUUUUAACGGGGAGGGGGAAAUCCAAUCGGAGGGAAAGACACACCCAGGUGGUGGUAGUAGUUGUACUGCCCCCAUCGAUGAUGGGUACCUGUUCGAGGUGGAUAAUGAUACCAACAGUGACGCAAAUGUGAACGUUGACUUGGUCCCCCCGAAUGGGAAUUCUACACUGAACGUUUCGAUUUUCUCAGAGGUAGGAAAAAAAGAGAUCCUCGAGUCAUGCAAAAGGAGGAGGAACAUGCAAAGUGAGAUCAACAAGAAUAGUGACGCGAAGAAUAUUUUUAAUAGGGAUAUCUACUUUUGGCUGAAGCGGAAGGUGCACAGGUCCGUUGGGUGGCAACUGACCGCUGACCGUUUGAACAAAGGGGAGGACGUCAUCGACGUGACGGAGCUAACGUGCGGUGGGGGAUCCCCCCAGGGGGUACGCUCAGAGGCUGCCCCCAAUGUGGACGCCAACGAUAACGGAUGUGUGAAUGGCGAGGCGGACCCUAACAUGGACCACACAAUCCCCGAGGAGAGGGUCGAGCCAAACCUGCUUAGGCCUGACCAGGGGAAGGACCCCCCCAGGGGAACGUACCUGCAGAGGCGGGCGGCGCCGCUUCACUUUUUGAAAAAACUUAGCGCGAAAGGGGAGGAUAGUCCCCCCAGGGGGGGGAACGAUGAAAGGAGCAACCAGCAGAUCAGUCAGGAGGGCAAUCAGCAGAUCAAUCAGGAGGAUGCCCCCCGCAACGCAUACCAAGGCAUCGUGGACAACAGCACGAACGUAUUCAAGCAGUUGCGGGAUAACUACGAGCUGUUUAAGGAAAGAAAAUUGUCUCCAAAUAUACUAGAAAGUUGCGAAAAGUACGUCAAUUACUACUACGGAAUAGAGAAGGAGGAAAAAAUAAAAGAGCUGCAAAAAUACUUGGACUUAAGUUUCUACGACAUGAUAAAGGAAGGACACUACAAUAUGGAUGACUACAACCGUCUUUUAAAAAGUCAAAUUCUUUUCAACAAAGAAGAAGAGGCAUUUCGCACGUUCAAUCUAUUCAAGCAGCAUGAUCUUAGGGUAAACGUUGAAACGUACAACUGCUUAAUGUAUGCAUCUGUUGUGCACAGGAAUGCAAAGUUGGGUAGACUAAUUUACCUGCAAAUGGUUAAGGAUUCUGUAAGUCCAGACAAAAAUACCUACUGCAUUUUAAUUAAGGCACACAUUCUGGACAACGAUAUUAGAAGUGCCUUCCACCUGUACAGAAAAAUGGUAAAAGAAGACAUAGAAGUAGACCUACCCAUUUAUUCUACCCUCAUUGAUGGGCUGAUAAAACACAAGCUAUACGAAAGAGCCGAAUCUUUUUUCAAUUACAUCAUAAACUAUAGGAAUGUCACCCCUGAUGAGAUCCUCUACAGUAUUAUGAUUAAGAAAUGCGCCUACAAAGCAGAGGCAGAAAAAUGCCUCAACUUUUACGACACCAUGGUUAGCAACCACAUGAAAGUUACAGACAUAACUCUUAUUGAAAUUAUUCAUUGCCUUUCCAAAAGGAGAGAUUACUUCUCACAGGUUUUUCAUUUUUAUAACAUUUACUUGGCCAACGAAAUGAGUGUUAACCACCGAUUGGUGUUGUACUUAAUAAUGGCUUGCUCCACUACAGGGAAUGUAAAGCGGCUGAAGGAAGUUCUGAAGAGUGCUAAUAGGAACCGAGUUAAGGUCACGGAAGAGAUGUGCUGCUACAUCAUACGGACCUUUGCGAAUAAUUGCCGCCGUGAGGGCAUCACGCUGAGCGAGCGCCACAACAAUAUUCGCUACGCCUGGGCGGUGGUCCACGAAUUGGUGCGCGGGAAAAGGGUAAUCAGUGAAAGGAACACUGAGGGCGGUAGCCCAAGCGAUGUUAACACCUCCCAUGGCGGUGGAGUGACCCCCCUCCCCGGUGGCACAAAAAUACUGAACAGCAUCGUGCAGCUCUACAUACACUGCGACUACCACGACUACGCUAUUAGCAUGCUCAAAUACUACACCCACUUCGAGUGCCUCCCGGAUGCCUACACCUUCGGACUGCUAUACAAUCUGCUCUUCUACAAAAUGGAGGACUAUGGACGGGUUCUUUGUCUCUACGAUUACAUGGUGAAUCAAACGGGAGUCAAAGCAGAUGAGAAGACCCUGGACCUGGUUCUCCGUGCAGCCAUCAAAACGAAGUCAUCGAAAAGUACACUCUAUGUCCUACGCCAGAUGUAUACAGCUAAGGUGUACCCCACGGCGAAGACCAUAAAAGAGCUCUUCCAUGUAGGCCGACACAUAACAGAUAUACAGGUACUCAUUAACAACAUGAUAAAGCAACAGAAGAGGGACAUCUACGAGGAAAAUGUAAAGGACAGUCAGCUGAUUCAGCUAAACAUCGAUGAGUAUGAGUUGAAUUUGUUUCGCGAGGGGAAGACAUUCAAAACGAAGUCUCAGUUGGACCAAGUGCGGGAGCAAUUCUUUAAAAGGAAGGAGCGCAUCGAAAAAGAGAAGCGCAUGUCCAAAGGUAAAAAAUCCUCUGAUUGGCUGCCCUACGGCCAGUACCUCCAGCGCAAGCGCAAGGGAGGUGAGGCCUACGCACAGCGGGUGGACCGCCCGAAGCCCCUACCCUUUGGAUAG